AUGACACGAUCAUCCAAGCCAUUAGGUCAAGCUAACGCCUUUUCUAGUCCUAUCAUUCCUCCAGACUUCUCUGCCAAUCAACCAAAGACUAUUCGUCUAUACCCACUUUCGAACUAUACCUUCGGAACCAAGGAAAAUCAACCAGAAGAAGACCCUUCGGUCCUCGCCCGUCUCCAACGCCUUCAAGAGCACUACGAGAAACAUGGCAUGCGAAGAACAUGUGAGGGAAUUCUGGUUUGCCAUGAACACUGCCAUCCGCAUAUUCUAAUGCUGCAGAUUGCGAAUGCUUUCUUCAAGCUACCCGGCGACUACCUCCAACCCGAAGAGGACGAAAUCUCCGGAUUCAAGGCCCGUCUUAACGAACGACUAGCCCCAGUUGGAAACCAAUUCUCGGGCGAAGGCGUAAACGACGAAUGGGAAAUCGGUGACACGCUUGCCCAAUGGUGGCGUCCUAACUUCGAGACUUUCCUUUACCCGUUCAUUCCUGCCCACGUCACAAGGCCUAAGGAGGUUAAGAAGCUUUACUUUAUCCAUCUGCCGAGGAGUAAAGUUUUGAGUGUUCCAAAGAACAUGAAACUCCUCGCUGUACCGCUCUUUGAACUUUAUGACAACACCGCGCGCUAUGGCCCUCAACUAUCAGCCAUUCCGCAUUUGCUCUCCCGCUAUAACUUUGAAUUCGUUGAUGAAAAUGGUAAAGUCAUUGCCAUCACGCCAGGGAGUACGAACGGAAACCCAUCAACAAAAGUUCUAGCAGGUGGCAGUGGAGCCAACGGAGAAGCUGCCGACGAAAGCAUGAAAGUUGAGGAAGAUGGCGUCGCAGGCGAUUUAUAG